AAAAUCUCUACUGCUCCCUCCCCAAUCUCUCUCUCUCUCUCUCUCUCUCUCUCUCUCUCAGUUUACAAAAUCAUAUGCGAAACGCUGUUAGAACCCAUCAUCCACCGUUGAUCUCAAGUUCUCUCCUCGCGGAUAAACGGUUCGAUCGACACCUCCAGUGGUUUGGAUUUGUUUAGUUCAAUUCGAUCGUUUCUAGGGUUUUAGUUGUUCUGGUGAUCAUAUCGACCUGAAUUUUGCUUUUCUGCUCGGAAGCACAGAGAUGUCCGGUCCGCUUGAUCGAUUUGCCCGGCCUUGCUUUGAGGGGUUCUCUAGUCAUGAUGAGAGAAGAGAAAGGAAAUCUGACUUCGAAAUUUCUGAAGAUGAAAGGAGGACGAGAAUUGGAUCACUGAAGAAGAAGGCAAUAAAUGCAUCUAAUAAAUUCAGGCAUUCUCUUAAGAAAAAAAGUAGAAGGAAGAGUGAUAGUCGAGUCAUUUCUGUCUCGAUUGAAGAUGUACGGGAUGUUGAGGAAUUACAAGCUGUCGAUGUGUUUCGCCAAGCAUUGAUUUUGGAUGAAAUGUUGCCUGAAAGGCAUGAUGAUUAUCAUAUGAUGUUAAGAUUUUUGAAAGCAAGGAAAUUUGACAUUGAGAAAGCAAAACACAUGUGGGCUGAAAUGCUUCAAUGGAGGAAGGACUUUGGUACGGAUACUAUUUUUGAGGAUUUUGAGUUCAAAGAGUUGGAUGAAGUUUUACAAUACUACCCUCAUGGUUAUCAUGGCGUGGACAAGGAAGGAAGACCUGUUUACAUUGAAAGACUGGGGAAGGUUGAACCCAACAAACUCAUGCAAGUGACCACCAUGGAUCGGUACAUAAAAUACCACGUGCAAGGGUUUGAGAAGACUUUCGCCGUUAAGUUUCCAGCUUGCUCCAUUGCUGCAAAACGACACAUUGAUUCAAGUACAACAAUUCUAGAUGUUCAGGGUGUGGGUUUAAAAAACUUCAGCAAGACUGCACGUGAACUCAUCACGCGGCUGCAGAAAAUUGAUGGUGACAACUAUCCUGAGACACUGUGCCGAAUGUUUAUAAUCAAUGCUGGCCCUGGUUUUAGGCUGCUGUGGAACACUGUGAAGUCCUUCAUCGAUCCCAAAACCACUUCAAAGAUUCACGUUCUCGGAAACAAGUACCAGAGCAGGUUGCUUGAAAUGAUUGAUGCUAGUGAGUUGCCAGAAUUUCUUGGUGGUGCUUGUACCUGUGCAGAUCAAGGGGGUUGCCUUAGGUCAGAUAAAGGUCCUUGGAAGGACCCAAACAUUUUGAAGAUGGUUCUUGAUGGUGAAGCACGAUGUGCCCAGCAAAUCGUGACAAUUUCAAACAGUGAUGGGAAGAUGACUUAUGUUAAGCCACAAUAUCCAACAUUUUGGGUGUUAUUUUUCCUCCAGGUGGAUCAGAUUAAGGGCGGUGAUACAUCUACUGCAGAGUCUGGCUCAGAAGCUGAGGACAUCUCUUCCCCCAAAGCUUUUAGGAGCUACACUCCUAAUCCUCAGUUGACUCCUGUUCGUGAAGAAGCCAAAGUGGCUGGAAAGGUGGAAUUCUCGGAGCUUGAUGAGUAUGUUCCCAUGGUGGAUAAAGCAGUGGAUGCCGGAUGGAAAAAAGAAGUGCCCUAUCAAAGGCUCCCGUCUCCCAAAGGGCCGCUUCCUCCAUCGGAAUUGAAUAAGCCUCGAGAGGGAAUUCUUUCUCGAAUUCUCACAGCAUUUUUGGCAUUCUUCAUGACCUUCUUUGCCCUUGUCCGUUCGAUCACCUGCCAUGUGAAACAAAAGCUGCAUGACAGAUUAUCUGAAUCAGAUCAUGAAUAUCCAGUUGUCAUGCUCAAUCCAGUGCCCAAAGAACUCUGCACGCCUUCACCAUCUCCCGGAUUCACAGAGUCGGACCUCCCCUUUUCUGUCCUUAAAAGGCUGGCCGAACUGGAGGAAAAGGUCGAAACACUUCAGACAAAGCCAUCUGAGAUGCCAACUGAGAAAGAGGAGUUGCUAAAUGCUGCCAUUUGCCGUGUGGAUGCUUUAGAGGCUGAGCUUAUUGCUACGAAAAAGGCUCUACAUGAAGCAUUGAUGAGGGAAGAGGAAGUGCUUGCAUUUAUAGACCGUCAACACGAUGCUAAAUUCCGGAGGAGGAAAUUUUGUUGGUGAAAGAGGGGAUAUCAAAAAUGUGGUUUCCCAUUUUUGUUAUGUAAUUUGUUUCAAAUUCUGUAAUGAAAAGAUACUAGAAAUUCUAAUUUGUGAAUUAGAAAAAAUAAACUUUUCUGUA